AUGGCACAAAAGGCAGUUAAAACAUUACCAACAAUUAAAGCUAAGAUUGGACAUAUUCCUCAAAGACUAAGAACAUUAAGUGUUCAUGAACAAUAUGGAAGAUUAGAAAUUUUAAGAAGAAUAGUUACAAGACUUGUUCGUGAAGAAAGAAUUGAAUUACCAUAUAAUAGAGCAGAAGAAGCUAGACCAUAUAUGGAAAGGUUAAUACAACUUGGUGUUCACUUUGGACAAAAUGAUCCAUACACAAAUGAGAUGAUGGAUUUUUGGUUGAUAGAAAAAGAUUUAGAAACAAAAAUGUUUAAAGUUUUGAUUCCCCGUUAUAGUGAGGGUGAAUUUGCCACAGAACCAUACACUUCAUUGCAUAAAUUACCACCUCUACGAUUUCAAAAUUAUAUAGGUAAAAACAGAGUAUUUUGGACACAAAAGCCAGUUGGUGUUUUGGAAUUAAAUGGAAAUCCUUUUCCAAGUGUUAUCAGAGCAGACGACGACCAUUCAAAAAAUGUUUUCAAUACUUUAAUGAGAGAAUGUCUGAAAGAAAAAAAAAAUCAAAUUAAAAUCGAAAAAUAA